AUGCGUGGCAUUCUGUUAGCUUGUCGUAACACCUCCAUCGGAUAUCUGAAGUUGACGAAAUUGGUUUCACCACAAAACGCAACAUUCCCCAUCACGUAUGCCGCUGCAAUGAGGAUCCCCUACAAGCGUGUUUAUCUAGCGGUCGGCAGUGGUAACCAAUCGAAUAUUGGGUACCACGAGGCAGCUGCGGCCCCGCGUCUCGUGUGCGUUCUCGACGGCUCAGCCUCAUUCGACCGUCACAUGGAGCUUGCUGUCAAGUCGAUUUACUCUGAGCAGCCGAAUGGUUACAUGGAAUGCGCGCCCUUUGUUAGAUUGCGGAGACUUGGCAAGUUCUCCGAUGUGAGAAUAGAGACCAAAGACCGGCAGGUGGUGGCGGCACAUCGAGUUGUGCUGGUGUCGCGAUUUCCGCAUUUGGAGCAGGCAGUGACGAACUGCGUGGGAGGCAGUUUGAAGUGGCGACGAUAUGACCGAGACAUAGUGGAGGCAGUGGUGGUGUUCGCGUACACCGGCAGCAUCGAAAUCUCCAUGGACAACGCUGUGCGGCUUUUCCUGCUGGCGAGUAACCUGGGUUCUUUGACAAUCACCUCCUGGUGCGCUGAAUUCCUUCGACCCAGAGUUUCCAGAGAGAACGUCGAGCAAAUUUGGUGGGUAGCGAAUGCAACCAAGAGCACGCACAUGAUGGACAUUUGUGUGCCAGUUAUCGCUGCCCACUUCGACACCAUCACCACACAGGUGACGUUUCAUUCUACCACAGAACUAGACAGUCUGUUGUCUAUGCUGCGCGAUGAUCGGUUAGUUGGUGUGGCGGGGGCCGCGAAGUUGAGAACGAUUGUAAAUUGGUUCGAAGGUAAAAGUACUUCAAACAGGGAUAAUGUGACGGCGUUCGUGGACGACGAUGAUUCUCGUGUUGCCACCUUCAAGGACCUCCUUGGAGCUGUUAAUAUUAGCGAGAUCACCUCGGACGACUUCGUCGAGUUCUGCAUGUCAGACUGCUGGAUUAACCUCCAGAGACAAUUCAGAGAUCUAAUCAGUAAUGCCUGGAAGGAAGCGAGAAGGAGAGGACUUGUUCAGGACUACCUAAUCGCUUACACGUACUCUCAUAGUAAAGUAACACUCACCACAUCAAAUUGGAAGGAAAUUGAGAAAAAAAUCAUUGCUAGGAGUGCUGGCGGAGAACUUCCGACGGCGGACGUGAAUUUUCGAUGCACUGUGCCAUCACGUUCCGACUGCGCAGUUGUCGUGUUGAAUGACAGCAUUUACCUGAUCGGUGGCAGGAAUGAGAGAGCAGGAGCGUCGAGGCUGGUUGACCGCGUGGACCCCUUCGACGGUCGCGUCUCCAGUGCACCGCCGAUGGUGCAAGCACGUUAUUGGUUUUCGGCUGCUGCUACUCCUGCUUUCAACUGUCAACAGCUCCUCGUAUUUGGAGGAUAUAAUGGUACAACUCAAAUGUCGUCUUGCGAGAAAUUCGACCCUGCAGGCUCGGGUACUCUACAGUGGCGUCGGAUCAGGGCGCAGACAUAUUGGAUACGGGCCUCAGCCAAUCCCGUGUCUCUAUGCGUUCCAAUGGCAUGCGAGGAAGAUAAGCUGCCAACCAGAGAAGGAUACGAAUGA